UUCCCGGGUUCAGGGGUGAUGGAGAGGGUGCAUUGAGCAGCAGAUUGGGAACCGAACGCGCCUUGACUGUCACACGUGCUUGCAAUUGACCUCUGUGCAACUCCGAGUAUAUAUGGGCUGGCCCCGAUUCCGAAUCACCGACCUGAAGAGAUCGCCCGUCCACUGCUUCCACCUCGGAGACCAUUUCCCCGGAUCUCCCAACCCACACACGAUGGUUGCAAUCCGCUUCCUGGCCUUGUCGGCCUUCGUUAUCCCGGGCCUUGCAGCUCCCCAUGACAAUGGGAAGGGAUGUAACUCCGGCCCGGGGAAGGUCACACCCGUCAAGCGGAUUUCGCUCGGCCCUCGCCCGUACUGGCUGGUUGACGAUAUGGACGAUGGCCCAUUAAAGAACAAGCUCGCUUCGUGUUCUGAGAAGGAGAUGAAGCGAAGCGACUGGAGCAUCUCGCAUCGCGGUGGCGGCACGCUGCAGUUCCCCGAGCAUACACACGGGUCCCUCAUGGCCGGGACAAGAAUGGGGGCUGGAAUCCAAGAAUGCGACGUCACAUUCACCAAGGACAAGCAGCUCGUGUGCCGCCAUGCCCAAUGCGAUCUCCACACUACCACCAACGUGGUCUCGAUCCCGGAACUCAAUGCCAAAUGCACCGUUCCGUUCAAGCCUGCGUCCGACGGCGCCAGCGCAACCGCCAAAUGCUGCACUUCUGAUUUCACCCUCGAGGAAAUCAAGACGCUGUGUGCCAAGAUGGACGCCUCCAACAGCGCAGCCACCACGCCGGCCGAGUUUCUCGGCGGCACGCCUGGGUAUCGGACGGACCUGUACGCCAAGUCCUGCAGCCGCGUGUUGACUUUCCGCGAUUUCGUCGAGCUUGUUGAUGGUCUGGGGUUGAAGUUCACCGCUGAGCUCAAGACCCCUGAGGUUCCCAUGCCUUUCCCGGCCGGCAGCGACUACACUCAGGCCAAGUUCGCCCAGCAGCUGAUCGACGAGUUCGAAGCCGCCAACAUCAAGCCCGAGCGCGUGUGGUUGCAGUCCUUCCUCUACGAUGACCUCCUCUACUGGAUCGAAGCCGAACCGAAGUGGGCUAAGCAGGCCGUCCUGCUCGACGAGAGCGCCGACGCGGCCAUGACCAUGCCAGAGGCGGUGGCCAACCUCGAGAAGUAUGCCAAGGCAGGCGUAAAGAUCGUCGCGCCCCCGCUGCCGUACCUCGUCACGGUCGAUAAUGGCAAGAUCGUUCCGAGCGAGUAUGCCCUCAUGGCUAAGAAGGUUGGUCUCAAGAUCAUUACCUGGAGCCUUGAGCGCAGCGGCUGGCUGGGCGACGGGUCAGGGGGUGGAUACUACUACAGCAGCAUCGCAAACGUCACAAACAACGAAGGCGACGUGUUCAACCUGCUGCACGUGCUGGCCCAGGAUGUGGGCGUCGUUGGUGUUUUCUCGGAUUGGAGCGCCACCGUCACGUACUAUGCCAACUGCUUUGGCCUCUUUUGAGCGAGAGCAUGAUGAUGCAAAUUUGAGCAUUCUUCAUAUUGGAUGUGGAUAAUUAAUGUGGAUCUAAUAAUUGAAAUCCGGGGCGAUCGACGCGUUUCAUCGUCUCAUG